AUGCAGCUUGUCAGGAGCAUCGUAUUUUCGCUACUGGCAGCGUCCAGUCUUGCCAUACCAAGAAAUAUUGAUGUCCAAAAACCGGCGAUUCAGUCUGGGCCAACGCAAUAUAGUCUGAAGCAACCGCCUCUGACGACACCAUGGACAGAUCAGGUGGGAACGAAUCCGUGGCCUGAAUACCCUCGGCCACAAAUGCAGAGAACUCAAUGGCAGAAUCUCAAUGGAAUCUGGCAAUACAGACGUGCCUCUGGUCUCACAGAAAUUCAAAAUCCUCCUUUUGGUCAAAAUCUGGAUCAGGAGGUUCUCAUUCCGUCUUGUCUGGAGAGCGGUCUGUCAGGCAUUCAAGGAAGUUCCACCCUCUAUUCGUGGUUCCUGACUCAUUUUGAAGUACCUUCUUCGUGGAACGGCCAGCAGAUCCUGCUGAAUUUUGAUGCCGUUGACUACGAGGCUACUGUCUUUGUCAACGGGCAGAACGUUGGAUUCAACAGAGGAGGAUACUAUCACUUCACGUUGGAUGUGACUGGAUUCGUGAAACCGGGGAAAUCAAAUGAAUUGCUCGUCUUUGUGCAUGAUCCGACCGAUUCCGGUGACUAUGUGAUUCCAAUUGGCAAGCAGACACUGCGACCAAGCCAUAUCUUCUAUACGCCCUGCAGUGGCAUUUGGCAGACAGUGUGGAUUGAGCCCGCGCCUGUGAAACACGUCACUCAACUUGAUGUGGACGCAGACAUGAACGGCCAGGUCAACAUGACGGUUCAUACUUCCUCACCUGAUGAUACCGGCAAGGUUCAAGUAACCGUGCAUGACGGUGACCGCGUCAUUGCAUCUCAUGAGGGACCAUCCAACCGACCAUUCCAGUUCCAAGUUGACUCGGUGAAACUGUGGUCUCCCGAUGCGCCCAAUCUCUACAGCCUCACAGUCAAAGUGGACCAAGAUCAGAUUGAGAGCUACACGGGAUUUCGAACGAUCGGAAAAGGUACCGUCAAUGGCAUUGUUCGGCCUUUACUCAACGGAGAAUUCGUCUUCAUGUUCGGUACCCUGGACCAAGGAUAUUGGCCCGACGGGAUCUAUGUGCCUCCCACCAAGGAAGCAAUGAUCUACGAUCUGAAGCUGUUGAAGCGCCUUGGGUUCAACAGCGUGCGCAAACAUAUCAAAAUCGAGCCGCAAUUGUUCUAUCGUGCUUGCGAUGAGAUAGGUCUCCUUGUGAUCCAGGAUAUGCCCUCACUCCGACCGCUGCAGGGGGUCUUGCCCAAUGCUGCUCAGCAGGUUGAGUUUGCUCGUCAACUUGAUCUGCUUGUCAAUCAACUCAAGAGUUUCCCUAGCAUUGCCACCUGGGUCAUUUACAACGAAGGCUGGGGUCAAAUCACCAGCUACUAUCCCGAGUUCGAACUGACCGACCGUGUUCAACAAUUGGACCCCACUCGACUGGUCGACUCCACGACGGGUUGGAUUGAUCAUGGAGCCGGUGACUUCAGCUCCCUACAUCCCAAGAGGAUCGGUCUUCAAGGAGAGUUCGGCGGUCUAGGCCACAAUGUGUCCAUUGAACAUUUGUGGAAUGUUCAAGCGGCGAUCAACACCAUCGAUCAAACAUACGAACUUGACGAGACUAUUGAAAUCUGGAACUACCGUAGCCACAUCAUGCUUGCUGAACUGCAAGAUCAGACCAAGCGAUUUGCUUGCAGUGGUGGAAUCUGGACUCAAACGACGGAUGUUGAGGGUGAAGUCAAUGGACUCGUCACGUAUGAUCGCAGAUUAGUUCGUGCGGAUGAAACACAGUGGAAGGCCGACAUCCAAGCUCUCUAUGAUACCGCGGCCGCACAUGGCAACGCCAGAAGGGGAAGAUUGUGA